AUGGACGACCACGCUUCGCUUGAGAUGUCGGCAGCAUACGACUUUUUGCUCAAGUUCAUCAUCAUCGGUGAGGCUGGCACGGGCAAGUCGUGCUUGCUACAUCACUUUAUUCACAAUCAGUUCAAGGACCAAUCAGCACACACCAUCGGAGUAGAGUUCUCAAGCCGUCUCAUCAAGAUUGGCAACAAAAGUGUCAAACUUCAGCUCUGGGACACAGCAGGUCAGGAACGUUUCCGUUCAGUCACACGCAGUUACUACCGUGGAGCUGCUGCUGCUCUUCUUGUCUAUGAUAUUACAAAACGAUCGACAUUCGAACCCCUCUCACGAUGGCUCACAGAUGCACGCGCACUUGCAUCUCCAGACCUUGCUGUUGUUUUGGUGGGUAACAAGACAGACCGCGGGGAAGACGAACGAGAGGUUGGCUACUUGGAAGCGAGUAAAUGGGCCAACGAGAACGGCGUGUUGUUCCUGGAGACCUCGUCUAUGACGGGUGAGAAUGUUGAAGCGCCAUUCGCACUCGCAGCGAGGAGUAUCCUACUGGCGAUCGAAUCGGGAAAGUUAGAUCCGGAGAAAGCGGGCUCUGGUGUUUCGUACGGAGACAGAGCGUUGAGAAGAGUAGGUAGUGGCAGUAGGUUUAGCUUUGCAGAUAUGGAUCCAAGCAGUAUCAGGCCACACAGGAGAGGUGGAGCUGCGAUUAGGAUUAACGAGGUGUUUGGGGAUAAGAUGGGUGGAUGUUGUUGA